AUGGGCGACACAAAUCUGAGCCAUCUUGAUGAUGAAGGGAGAGCUACAGAAGGGCCAAAGAGAAAUAGCCCGGAGGAUCUCAAGGCAGCAAUAAUGUCGCUUGAUCAGAACUCCAUUCAAGGUCAAGGCCCUUCCAGAAAAGGACUUGGCUCCAAUGCUACUUUAACUUCAAAACACACUCCAUCACCAUUGGAUCUAUCAAAAGCGUUAGCUACGGAGACGCAAUCUCGCUUGCAGAAAGACGAAUUAGGUGUGCCCCAUCCCAAUUCCUCGGAAGUAGUGACCCAUACCCCUGAGGAUAGUGACCGGGGCGAGGAUGAAAUGGAUCUCAAUACGAAGCCGUCUAUGGUGCGAAAGAAGUCCGGGGAACUGGUAAGGCCUGCUCUUCGACCGAAGAGAAGACCCUGUAGUGCCCCAGGCACACCGGUAUUUUCAAAGGCAGUCCAUUUCGACUCUCAGUUGGAACAUAUCCGUCAUUUCCUACAGCUUGACAAGCCCCUCGCCGUGAGCGCAGGUUCCUCCCCCGUGGAGAACUACGAUGGUGAUAGUGAAUUCCCAUUUAUGGAUCAUGAUGGACCACGCCAAUCAAAACUCAUUGAGUGGGAGGCUAGGAUAGCUAAUUUCCCAGAUGACCCGAGACAGAGAAAGACAAUGCCCGUCCGAUUGGAGCGGAUAUUCUUAUCUUCCGAUUACAAGAAUCUGGUUGGCGUCGUUGCCGUUGCCAACAUUUCCUUCCAGAAGCAUGUUGUGGCACGAUUCACCUUAGACUACUGGAAAACAACGUCUGAAGUUGUUGCGGAGUAUAACAAUGAUGUUCGUCGUAAACGAGCAAAUGACGAAUACGACACAUUCAACUUCACUAUCCACUUGGGGGAUGUGGGGAAUCUUGAAUCCAAACGGAUGUUUAUCUGCAUACGUUAUAAUGUCAAUGGCCUUGAGUUCUGGGACAACAAUAAUCUGAUGAAUUACCAUAUCGACUUCAUGAAAAAGCCCAAGGUGCAAAACGAGUCCAAGCCCGGGAGAGGAUCCUCCACUUCUCGACCAACGGGUGCUAUUCCACGGAGUAAGCCCACGUGCCCAGCCAUCACGCGGUCAAAAUCCGUGCCACCUUUCCCUGCAGACUCUAGGUCCAAGCCUCCCACUUCGUCUUCAGGACCAAAUCGCCAGCAGCACAACAUUUCUUCAGUGAACUUGUCUUCUUCUCGGAAGGAUGAUGAUUUCCCCGAUCCACCUCCUUUCCGAAGAAACGCAACUGCCCCUCAGACGUUUGGACACCGCUACGAUUUUGGAGCAUCGUUGUCAGCCGCAAUGCAGCCCGGAAGCGCUGGUCAGAUGCGUCGUGAUAUGACAACGUUUCCCGCCAACUCCAUAUCUAGAAAUCUAUCCGCCUCAAUUACUGAAGAUAAGCCGGUGAGGAGUGAGCCCUUCGAGCCUUCCGCGGCAGCCCCUCCAGGAGUUUCUCAACCACGUACAUCCUCGCACGGCCUGAUGAGGCAUUCCGACCUUGCUUCGGGACAGCCCUACCAUCAGUCGCCUAUGUACAAGGAGCUCGUGGAUAAGUACUGCUUCGUUCACAAUCGUCUAAACAUUUCUCGCGAAAACCACAUGCCAACGCCCCUCAAGACGGCGGAGCGACAACAAUUCAUACCCAUUCCGGUGCAAAGAGCGAUUUAG